GUCGCUAAACUGGAGAUUAGCCGGCUGACGUGGAAGGGCUUCAUCUCUCUGGUGUCUACCCUGCUGGAGAUUGACAAUAAAAUUGACGUGUCUCCCUCGGGCAAUCUGCUGCUACAGCUCGGUCAUGUGAAAGGAGUGCAUGUUCGACGCUGCAAGACGGUGGUUGUAAGCAAUCCCAACUGUCAGGCACAACGGAACGUCAAGUUGCUGUGUCCCUUCACCUGCGAACACCUCAAUGCCAGUCUCUAUCAGAGGGUGAGUCUGAACACGGCGGCUGAAAACAACCUUUCUGUUUAUUUUUGGGGGUCCUCGUCGGUGGAAUAA